AUGGACGGCGCCGUCCGCUCGGUGUGGGCGCACAACUUCGCGGCCGAAUCACGAGUGCUCCACCAAGUCGCGCCGGGCGCCCGGCACGUCGCGCUGAAUGUCCAGUACCCCGGCUGCGUCGUCGUUCACAGCAGCGGCCGGCAACACUACGACCUCAUCGCCGAGGAGCGGUACGAGGUCAUCCGGGCCAACGUGGCCCUGCUCAAGCCGCUUCAGGUGGGGAUCGCCGUCCGCACCGUCGACGGCCAACGCUUCGCGUGGGAGUUCAACCUGCGCGGGUUCGACAUCGCGUCCGAAGAAGACGCGAGAGAUCCCACGUCCAUCGCCUACCUCGCCGACUGCGGCGUCGACUUCAACCGGCUUCCCCAGGCCGGCAUCGAUGGGUUCAAGCUCCGGUUCCUGCUUCGAGACUCCGGCCUACUCAGAGCCCGGCCGUCGUGGGCGACGUUCACGGGCGCGUACCACGUCGCCUACUUCGUCAGGUUGAUGUACGGCGAGAACCUCCCAGACGGCGUCGACGACUUCAUGAAGAUGGCGCAUCAGCUUCUCGGUCCGUUGUAUGACGUGAAGCGCCUGGCGAGGGAGCACGACAGGAGCUGCGUAGGAUCGCUGAGCAAUGUCGUGAAGAAGCUCGCCGUCGUGCCGCCCGGUGAAGGGAUCUCCAAGUCCAAGCCUGCCGGAACAGGUAGCAUGCUGGCUCUUCUGGCUUUCGAGACGUUGAAGCAGAAGCUUGGCGCCAACAUGGAGAAGUGCCGCCACGAGCUGUGUGGGCUUCAGGCUAUUUAA